UUAAAAAUAUGUUAUUUUAUUGGUUAGCUUUAAUCGUUUUGAGUUUACAGUACGUUUACGAUUAGCGUGCGUAGCAACCACGGUCGUCCGGCAUCUUUGCCCCGCCCUCUUACAACCGUAGUUGUAAGAGGGCGACUAAUGUAGUUCGACUAAUCACAACGCUCCUUACACGCCGUCAGCCAAUAGGAGCUGUCGUGGGCGGGCCCAACUGUGUCGUGUUCCGUGUGGAAAGUUUUGCCGGCUCGGGUGCAAAGUUUCAGCCGUCUGCAAACGAGCUCGUCGACAGACGUGUCUGAACUGUGCUGGGAGUGACGUCCGCGGCGUUUUCACACGGUUACUAAAAUCUGAUACUCCCUUUAUUUUUUUUCUCUUGUCUCUGGUCGUUUGUCUCCGUGUGUAGCUGCUCGCCUGGUAUAUUAGCGUCGGUCGCAUUGUCUCUGGGAGCUGUCUGACAGAUGUCCGGGGAGGUUUGAGAGAGGACACCGCGAACCCUCUCUAACUUGAAUCUUUGAAACAAAAAAAGGACUGAAGGUUUUUUUAAAAAUGGCCUGCGAGCCCAACAGAGCCCGUCUGUUAUGUAUGCUGUCUCUGACUUUCAGCUUCUUCAUCGUGGAAGUGGUGGUGAGUCGUCUCACCGCCUCUCUGUCGAUGCUGUCGGACUCCUUCCAUAUGCUGUCGGACGUCAUCGCGCUGGUCGUGGCUCUGGUCGCCGUGCGGUUCGCCGAGAAAACCCACUCCACCAACAAGAACACGUUCGGCUGGAUCCGGGCCGAGGUGAUGGGGGCGCUGGUCAACGCCGUGUUCCUCACGGCGCUGUGCUUCACCAUCGUCCUGGAGGCCAUCGAGCGCUUCACCGAGCCCCACGAGAUCGAGAGUCCCGUGAUGGUGGCCGUGGUCGGCGCCGCGGGGCUCCUGGUCAACCUGCUCGGGCUCUGCUUGUUCCACGGACAUGCCGGCGGAGGAGGAGGCCACGGGCACUCCCACGGGGGGCACUCUCACGGAGGCAAGGGCAAGAGGGGGAAGGCUGGGAACGGCUCGGCGGGAGAGGAGACCAACAACCUGGUGGGGAACCACAACAGCCCUGGAGAUGUGAGACAAAGAACCGAUGUCAGCUGUAAAGACGGCUCAGAGGUGCAGAUGAAUGGCAACACCCACUUCGACGAGCAGGAUUUUGAGCAAGAGUCGUCGUCGCAGCUCAACAUGCGCGGCGUCUUCCUGCACGUGCUGGGCGACGCCCUGGGCUCCGUCAUCGUGGUGGUCAACGCCAUCAUCUUUACGUUCGUGUGGAACAGCUGCAAAGGCCAGGAGGACUGCGUGGACUUCUGCAGCUACGGUCACGCUGAAAACCCCCAGUACAGCAACUACACGGUCACCGCCGGGCCCUGCUGGGUGCUCUACAUGGACCCCACGCUGUGCCUCAUCAUGGUGGGCAUCCUGCUGUACACCACCUACCCGUUGCUGAAGGAGUCGGCCCUCAUUCUGCUGCAGACCGUCCCCAAGCAGAUCAACAUGCACAAGCUCAACGAGCGGCUGCUGAGCCUGGACGGCGUGCUCGCCAUCCACGAGCUGCACAUCUGGCAGCUGGCGGGGAGCCGGAUCAUCGCCACGGCCCACAUCAAGUGCCACGACCCCACCGCCUACAUGGACGUGGCCAAGCGCAUCAAGGACUUCUUCCACGACGAGGGCAUCCACGCCACCACCAUCCAACCCGAGUUUGUCACGUUCAGCUCAGAGUCCCGGGACUCCCUCUGCGAGCUCUCCUGUCGGACACAGUGCGCCCCCAAGCAGUGCUGCGGCUCCGCGGACAAGAAGGGCGGCGGGGCCGACUGCAAAUCCGCCGCCUCGGCUCUGGAGGUCAUCAGCGAGACCCCGGAGCAGGCUGCGAGUGUUCAGGUUUGCCCUCGGACUGAGGCCGAGCUCCCCGUAACCAGGGAGUCAUCUCUGUGAACGCACGAACGUAAAACAGGGCGGAAACAUCACUGUCACCUGGAGGAAGCUGGAAUCUUUUUUUUUUUGGACCCCUCGUUGACCUGAUAGGACUUUUAUUUUCUGUGAUUUCAGUUUGUUUUUUGUUUUUUGUCUGUGGCUAACCCCUCCUCCUCUCGUCGUUGCCUUCCCGCAGCAUGGUUGUGACGCAUGUUGGGGUUCAUGGACCUCGUCUCCUCUGGGACUGGAGCGAAGCCUGCAUGCGUGUCUCUGAUCUGCUCCAUGUCGUGUUUUCUGUGCCAAAGCUUCUCGCCGCAGGGAUGAGGCAGAGACGUCAGGCCUACAGGUUGUAGAGUUUAGCCUCCGGACCUCUCCACAAAGUGUCGUUUUUUAUUUUUUUGUUUGUUUUUGCUGUGAGCAAAUCUAUUUUUCAUAUCUUUUCUUUGACUGCGAGUGGAAUAGUAUUAUAUUGCUGAAUUAAUUUAAGUAUUUAAGUUAUUAGAAAUGAUUAUCAUGCUGUAGAUGCUGUUAAAGACUUUUAAACAUUUUCUGUCUUGAUAUUAAUUCUUUUGAAGAGCAUUUUUGCUGUAUUUGAUUGUUUUUCAGACUCCUCUCUGGCCUCUUUUUUGGUUUACAAACAUUCAACUCAAAAGCCACAUUGACACCUCUCACCUCGCCUUUUAAAGAACCUGCUGUGGUAAAGCGCUUAGUAUUGUAGACGUGCAACAGCGUGUCUACCUAAAUAAAAGUUUGGUGAUGACAUUUGACGUCCUGUAAGGUGGAGUCAGAUCCGUUGGGACGAAACAAGCACUGCAUUAGUGUUUCUUGUAUGAAGCCAUGCUGGAAACCUUCCUCGUGUUGUUUAUUUUUCUUUGUUUUAAAGUCCUCAUGAAUGUGUUCGGCACCUCAGUUAACACCAAGGCAGUUUCUUUCUUUUACCCGACCAAAACGAGUCCCGGUGUUGAGGGUUAAUGGCUCCAAAAAGAGCUCCAGCUGCUGCUCACCAGAACCUGCUGGUUACAGGACUUCUCCCUCAGACGUCAUCUGAACGUUUGAUGCACUUCAGAUUUCCACUCCCUGUUAAGUCAAGUGUAUGCAAUGUAGAAAACGUGCUGGGAAAUGUUAUUUUUCUUCAUUUAUUAUGUUUCGGUCACUUUUAUUCUCUUUUCUGUGACUUGAGCUCUACGUGCAAAUUGAAAGCAAAUGUGUUUUUGUAAUUGUAAAGACAAGCUGAUGUGUUUUUGAUAUAUAUAUAUAUAUAUAUAUAUAUAUAUAUCCACAGUACCUGUCCGAAGUGUCAGUGUGAAAUGGAAAAAAUAAAAUAUGGCUGUUCGGAACGGCAAAAGAA